AUGACCUCGACCCAUGCGAACAGCGCAGUGUCCGCAUUGUCUGCCACUUCGUUUCAGGCUGAUGCUGGCAAGGUACCCAAGGCACCCAAGACGGAGGCAGGCGCCAACCGCGGCUUGCUCCAGAAGAUGCUCUCCAAUGUGAUGGAUGAGGAGGAUGAAGUGGAUGCUGACGAUGAGGAUGCAGAUAGUGGGGAAAGGGAUGGACAAUUGGGCAUGAGCCUUCGGAGUGUGACCAGCCACCCUCAACCAAGAGGGAAGGUCCCGACCAUCACCAGUCCUCCCACUGGACGUCCAGGUUCACGGGGUGGUCCAGGCGCAGUGAGGCGGAUGAGCUUGGAGAGUCAAGGGCGGCCACUGUCACGAGGGGAGAGGUCAACCCCGUCAAGUUCCAGAGUCACUGUUACCACUGGGGCUCCCAGACCCGCACUUGCCACCUAUGUGUCGCAACCGCGGCCAGGGAGCAGAGGUGGUUCCAUGCCCACUGCUGAGGUGAUCACCAGUCCUGGACGAAAGCCUGCUGUGGGAACACAGCCAAAAAGUAAGAGUGCGGCUAUGCCCAAAGCAGCUGGCUAUGCAGGUCUGCACCAGGCGCGCGUCAGUCCGUCCAGUGCGGCCAGUGCCGCGAAGUCCUUGGUGCCCGCAGCGAAGCCGCGCUGCGGCCCCUCAGCCUUUGAUCUGGUGAAGAAACUUAAGCAGGCUGAAGACCCAGAAGAGGAUGAGGGUAACUUCAUCAUGCCGCCAGGCCGCCGCUUUGCGGCACAGGUACCCAAGACUGUGGAGCCGACCCAGGUGACGACCACAUAUCCACAGGUCUACGGACGCGUUGAGGAGACAGUGAUGUCUCCCUACAAGGGCGGUCCGGUGUACCUUUGGCUGCGCUCCAGCAUCGUGUGGCUUCGUCGCUUCCCAGGACGUCACUGGAUGCGUUGGAUUGAGCGCAACUCCGACUAUCAGAAGAUGUGCUUGAUGGGCAUGCCAGAGUUUCACAUUGAUCCCACCAAGAAUCGUUGGAGGUACUACAUUGACACCAGUUACUAUGGCGGCAUGCUGGACAAAUCCCAUGAAGACUUCUACCGUUACAUCCUGUUGUACCCUGCCAUUGCUUUCUUCCUGCACUGCACCUGGUGCCGUAUCAAGGACAACGACAAGGACAACUUCCUGGCAAAAUGGCGAGUCCCUGCAGAAGAGGCCUGA